UCGAUCCAGGCUGGAUCAAUUGAGCGCCGAGAGCGGGGACGCGGGGACAUUCACGGGGACAUUCUCGGGGACACCCCCGGGGACAUUCGCGGGGACUUUCACGGGGGCGCCGGCGCCCCCCGAGUCCUCCGCGAGGUUCCGGAGGCCGUGCCGGUGUUGCGCGAGGUAAUGUGCGACCCCGCGGGCCGAGCGGAACGAUCGUGCGCGAGCGGAACGUUCGUGCGGGCCCGCGUUUCCCGGGCCGUGACCUGCAAGGAGGGACCAAAAUGGCGGCGCCCAGCGCCGGGGGCGCGGCGGCGGCAGCGGCGGGGGGGAACCGAGGGCGGCCGCCUCCCGUCACCCCCCGGCAGAUCCGCGACCUCAUCGACGGCGGCAUCGCCACCGAGGGGCCCGGGCCCGGCGGGAAAGACACAUCCGACUGCUCGGAUCGAGCCAAUGGACCUUCCCAAAUGGAAGCUCUUUCCUUGGAAUCUGCCAGCAGGGAAGCUUAUUUCAGCAGAGUGGAAACAUUCACCAUAUCCUUUGGAAUGCUGGGAAUUCCAGCUUGGAAUUGUGGGGGAAGGGAUCCAGAGGGAUCAUCCAUCCAAUUCCCGGCCUUGCAUCCCAAAAUUCCACCCCCUGUCCGUGAAGCUUCAGGCUCUGCAUCCUCGGGCAGCACCCCAGGGAAACUCUCCCAAUCCUGGUGCUUUCUUCUCCUGGCUUGGUUUUCCCAGCGAUUCCCUGAGGAGGUGGCUCCACAGGGAAUUAUCCCAGAGUUUUUCCCUGCAGACAAGGAGCGCUGUGAGGAGCUCAGGAAGGCUCUGAGCACUGCCCAUGAGAAGUUCUGCUUCUGGCCAGACAGCCCCUGCCCAGAUCGCUUUGCCAGGCUGCUGGUGGAUGAGCCCAGAGUCCUUCUCCAGGAUUUCCUGGAUCGUUUCCAGAGCCUGUGUCAGCUGGAGCUGCAGCUGCCUUCCCUCAGACCAGAAGACCUGAAAAAUAUGUCCCUGACGGAGGAAAGGAUCACCCGGCUCCUCCAGCUGAUUGGAGAGGAACUGGAGCACAAAGGAACAGAGGGAGAGAAACCUCCUGGGAAGUUUUCCACGGAAAUCCUGCAGGUUCACGUUCCCGCCUGUAUCCUGGCGCUGUGCGGCUGGACCUGCAGUGCUGCCUCGGGCUCCAUGAACCUCUCCGUGAUCACCUGCUCCCGCUGCAUGAGGAAGGUUGGGCUGUGGGGCUUCCACCAGCUGGAAUCUUCCGCAGCUCCAGAGCCGGAUUCCUGCGGCUCCAGCAGCGCCACCCCGGCCGCUCCCGAGCGCUUCCCGCCCGUUCCCACAUCCCCGCGCCGGAUGCUGACGCGGAGCCAGGAUCCGGGAUCCGAGCAGCACGAGAAGAGCCCAUCCCCGGCCGUGUCCCGCCCAAGGGGUUGGGAUUCUCCCAGCUCCAUGGACCGGGGCGAGCUGGACGUGAGCAGGGAUGUGACGCUGAGGAGCCGCCCGGUGACACGGAGCAUGGGCCAGGGGGACAACAUGGAGGUGCCAUCCAGCCCUGUCCGCAGGGCCAAGCGAGCGCGGCUCUGCUCUUCCAGCAGCUCGGACACUUCCUUGAGGAGCUUCUUUCACCCCAGCUCUCAGCACCGGGAUUGGUGUCCCUGGGUCAGCAGCGGGGAGGGAGAGGAAUCCCUGGAAGAUGCUUCAUCCCAGACAGAGAAGGAACCUGGGAAAGCCAAGCCAGGCUGGGAAGUGGUGCUGAAGAGGCUCCUCAGCAUCCAAAAAUGUGACACGGAGCCCGAGACGGAGCCAGCGAGCCUCUCGGAGAAAUCCUGCAAGGUGUUCCGCAUUUUCCGGCAGUGGGAGAGCAUGAAUUCCUCCUGAAUUCCUCCUGAAUUCCAGAAACCAGCACGGGGAGCAUCAGGAGAGAGAGAGAGAGAGAGAGAGAUCCAAACCUCUCAGUGGCUCCAGCUCCGCGCCUCGGGAAGGGGAAUCCGAGGAAACUCCAAACUUGGCAUCUCCCCUUCCCUGGCUGCCUUCCUGAAGCUCCUGCCUUCACAAACUGCUGCUGUGUCCCCUGGGCUCCAGAGGGGCUGGACAGCCCUUCCCAGAGCUGGGAAUGUGACGAGGGGACACCGUCACCUCCUGAGGUGUCCGCGGUGUCCGGCCGCCUCGCGACGCCAGGUGGGAAUAAACAUUUCAUUUUUGUUGGUUUUUUUCUCC